GACACUUGCACACUCGGCCAGAUUUGCUGCACGACGCGAUGCACAUAUCCAACAUGGCCUCACUUCCGCCCCGCAAGCACGUCAUGAAGCACGUAACCAGAGCAUGCCGCGCAUCUCCAUAAGCUUUCGGGAGUCGACCAGCAGCGCGCGUUGGGCUGACCUCCCAGCACUCCAAAAUGUGGUCUCGCAGCUUGCUCAGACCAUUGCCCAAGCUAUGUCGAGCUCGUGGAUUGGUGAAGCCGCGUUAUUCUACAUUCUGCGACCGCUCGCUCUACGAGAAUGGCACAUUCCAUGCUGCUCAAGAUGAUUCAUCAUAUCAUCUGCCUGCUCUAGACGAUGCCCGUUCGAGGACAUUGGCCACCAGCCACGACAACUUGCAUCCACUCGCGAACGACCGUGCUCCGCGUGAAGGAUUGUCAUCGGGCUUGCAGUCCAGCAAUGGUUCGCCUGCAGAUGGCCAGCCUGCUCAAUCGGCAGCGUCCCGCAAAGUUGGCUCAGAUAUGCAAUACGACGAAACUGGUCUGGAAGUCACGGCGCAUGACGAUAGAAGCAUAUCGUUCAACAUGUCAAACGCAGCUCGCUCAAUCACAGGCGUUGCGCGUUUCAAGCUCUGUGUCCGCCAACCUGGAGACGGCCACCUUCGUGGCCCCACCACCUAUGCGGAACGGUUACGAAUUAUGCGCAUGCUGGACCACCAAAUUCAACAAUCUCAUACACUCGGCCUAGGCGCCCUUGCUUCGGCUGUCCGAGCAGUUGACAAAACUUUACAGGACGGUCAACGAGUACUGCUCUUUGGCCCUGGUAUGACCAAGGCAACCAUAACUGCCGAUGGCCCACUAGACUAUGGGUUUCAUGUUCGUUUCCGUAAAGAUCACGGGCUCUGCGGCACCCAGAUCAAACAUUUAUUCAUUUACGUGUUCGGCAACUACAACGAAGACAGCGCUGUAGAAUCCCAAAGCAAAUCGGGUCCCAUCCAGUUCGACCUGAAACAUCUUCAACAAACGGCUGACAUGGUGAUCGAGCGUAUCCGUGACGCCAUGAGCUUCCAUGAACCAGAAGCUUUAUUGAAGACCAUUGCGGAGAGUAUGCUUCGUGUCCUACGGUUCCGCACACCUCACCUGGGUAUCAAAGGCGUUAGUAUGACAACUAGGCCUGCAUCUGAAGAGCAACCGAGGCUCAAAGUUCAUGCCUGCUGGGCAGACGCCGAGUGCGGCGUGCCAGCUGAACACGACCGGCUCUCCAAAGCAGUUGAGGUUAAUGUCAAGCAAGUACCGAGAGGCAACCCUUUGGCCGAGCAGGAAAAUGAUGUCGAUGAAGAAGAAAGCGAAGAAAUGAUCAGCGCCGCGCCAGAUGCGGAGAAGUCCAGUCCUCAGCCGAAGCAGGAGGAAAGUGUCCAUCUUACGAUUCCCCUGCCACUCGUGCGUGUAUCAGGUGGCAAGGAGCUUCUAUUUGAUUCUGGAGAAGUAAAGACCAAGUCACUUUGGCGUUUCGGAAUGUCGAGAUACAAGAUUAUGUUGAGAUGGCCAAUUGCAGCCAAUCUGCCUCAUGAUCUAACGCGAGAUCUUGUCAAGCAAGCUACAGAAAAUGCCAUUCAGAAGACAUCAGGAGUCGACUGCGCAGCCCUGAGUCACGCUGUUCAGACGUUGCAGACAUCGCUUCCGUCUUGUCCAUUGGUCACGUUGCAGGUUUUCGAUGAGGCUCGUGCCAAGUCACAGAAACUGGAAAUGGAUCCUCAUGCAUCGUUAUUUACCUUCAGGACGACCCCGGAACGAAAACGAAAAGGUCUUUGGGAAUUGGCACUGAUUGGCAUGCCGAUCUCAAAUGCACGUAUCGCAGAUGCCGCAUCAGAUCAGAUCGUCGAGAUGGACAUGAGGCUCUGUUUCGGUGCGCAUCCGGCUGCUAAUAUGGCGGGCCAUGAUCGCCUCGAACAGCAGCGUUAUGACAUGACCCUUGCCGCGAUGGAGCUUCUCAGACCAGUGCUCCAAGCAAGCUCCCGGAUAACCUGGGAAGAAUUUGCAAACGAUUGCGUUGGGUCAUUGUCUGGUGCACAACUGCCGGUGGAGGGUUGUCCCGCUAUUGACCACGUGGCAAUUCAAGUCUUCACAGCGUCGGUACAUGACGGGCCUCGCAGAACGCUUCGGGGGAGUGCGACAUCUUCUUCACAAAACUCCACGGCAAUGGUAGCAUUGGGCAGUAACCUCGGAAAUCGUAUUGCGAACAUCGAAGCUGCCUGUCGACGGCUUGAGGCCGACCCAGACAUCAACAUAGUUGGAACAAGCCUACUGUACGAGACCAAGGCAAUGUACGUGGAGGAACAAGCAGCCUUUGUGAAUGGCAUGUGCAAGAUCCGUACCGAUCUUCCGCCCUUUGACCUCCUGAACCGACUCCAGAGCAUCGAAAACGAAUUGGGGCGCGUGAAGCUGAUUGAUAAAGGGCCGCGAAACAUCGAUUUAGACAUCGCAACAUACGCCCGUGAUUCCAUCGACUCGGAACGUCUCACCGUUCCUCACAAACAAAUGCUUGAGCGAGAAUUUGUUCUGCGGCCCUACUGCGACAUUCAUCCAACUUAUGUGCAUCCCCGAACAGGGAGGCGUAUGGAGAAUCACUUGGUAGAGCUCAUGAGUGGGGAGAGCACCAUGUAUCCGUUCACGCCGUUGGCGCCGGAAUGCGAGCCAUUACGAGCGCUCGAACCUACACGUCGUACAUGGUUGAUGUCGAUUCUGAACGUCACCCCCGACUCAUUCUCCGACGGAGGAUCACAUGAGCCGACCGAUAUGGAUGCUCUAAGGAGAACAGUCAACGCGCAUAUCUCUGCUGGAGUCACCAUUAUUGACAUAGGCGGCCAGUCGUCCCGUCCAAAUGCACCAGACGUGAGCCCGGACGAGGAGAUUUCUCGCAUAUUGCCUGCGAUUGAGGUCAUCAAGUCAAUUCCAGAGGCUAAGCACAUCGCUAUCAGCGUCGAUACGUACCGGGCGGCUGUCGCUAAAGCAGCGGUACACGCUGGGGCUCACAUCAUUAACGACAUAUCGGCUGGGACUUUGGACGAUGAAAUGCUGCCAACCAUCGCUCGCCUCGGCUGUACUUACAUCAUGAUGCACAUGCGCGGCACACCAGCUACAAUGCAAAGUGAACAAAAUACCUCGUAUCCUGGAGGGCUCAUACCGACGAUUGCAAAUGAGUUAAGAAGCAGGCUCAUUGCGGCGCUAAAGGCAGGCAUACGGCCCUGGCGCAUUAUUUUCGACCCUGGAGUAGGUUUCGCGAAGACCGCAGAGCAAAAUGCGGAGCUGCUGGGUCGUUUUGGAGAGCUGAGGAACCAUCCCAAACUGAAGAAUUUCCCCUGGCUCGUAGGCUCGAGUCGAAAAGGUUUCAUUGGAAAGUUUACUGGUGCUGAGGAUCCAAAGGAUCGGACCGAGGGUACCGCUGCUACAGUUACAGCUGCUAUCGCUGGCGGAGCGGAGAUUGUAAGAGUGCACGAUGUGAAGGAGAUGUCGAGGGUCGUAAAGAUGGCGGAUGCGAUGUAUAGGCGUGCGCCACCUGGCCCGGCGGCUGUGGAGAAAGCGGAAGAUGAUAGACAGGAACAACUUGAGAUUGAAGCUCGCGAUGAAGACAUGGAAGACGACGAGGAGACGGAGACGGAGACGAAGGCGGAGGACGAGGAGCAAAAGUAGUUCUGAGGCGUGUCUGGCGUUUCUGUUUGCAUAGACCAGAGCAUAGAAGCAUGGCGAAGGCGCAAGGCAUUCUAUACAUGUGUACAAAUAUGAAAUCGUAGCAUUCACAUACCCUGCUAGAGGGCGAAUCACCGUCAUUGAAGCGGAGAAGCGAAUCAAAAUCACAGUACAACGGA